CGACAAUAAGGUUUUAGGAAGGCGUGUUCAAAGGUUAUGAACCAUUUAAAUUAUGUAAAAGUAAACUCUAAAUCUCUUGAUAUAUCAAAAUAUUGUAAAUACUUAAUCUACUUCUUAUACGACCAUGUAAUUAAUAAUUUACUUUAUGGUUACACUAUCUUAUCACUCUACGUUGAACUUCAAAAAAUUGUGUAAUGAGAAAAGUUUCUAUUUCGUAAUAUGUAACAAGCAUAAAGAGUACAUUAAAUAUGAAAUAUAUAUAAAGCUUGAUGAAAUAAUUAUAUAAUACAAGGAUUUGAUGCAUCUAAUGCAUCAAGUGAUUAAAAAAAAAAAAAGGAAUGAAAAUGUGCUCGGAAAUAUUCAAAUUCUUAUUAAGCGUACAUAAAGAAAUAUGAAGGUGGCACUCACGGGAAUUACUUUGACACAUUAGAAUAUUUUAGAAAUACAUAUAAUGAACAUAUGCAAAAUGGAUCUGAAUAUAAAAAUGUAGACAUAUACUUACCAUCCACAAAAGGAGAUAGCAUCAUCGUUCUUGUUACAAUUCCGUCUAUUAUUAUAUUAUUCAUUUAUUUCCUUUUAUUUAUUUUGUAUAAUGUUAGAAAUUUAACUUAUUGAAAAUAUAAAUAUUAUGAUAAAAUUUUAAUUAUGCACAUGCAAAUAAAAAUUAUUAUAUUACAAUUACUG